AUGGCCCUUUGGCGUUGGUCGCCCUUUCGCCUGAGCAACCGUUACCUGAGCUAUCACCUGCUCCUCCUGCUGCGCUUCUACUUGGCCCAGUACCGUUGCCUGGGUCUGAUGCGUCUCCGCUACGCGGCAGACCGGAACGAGGUGCGUCUGACUCACUACAGUGUCACGAUUGCCAGGAUGAUUGGCCUGCCGUUCGCCUUCUUCUUCACCCUGGCCUUGAAGGAUCCCUAUCGGUUGAUGCUGCACAUACAGCUCCUGGGCUUCAGCUGCUCCAUAAUGCUGCAGCCCAGGCGAGUCGUCGAGGAGCGCACGCGACUAGUGAAUGAGUUCCUGCGACUUACGCCGCAGCUCUAUCGCUGCUGUCACAGGAAGCUGAAGAUGUCCUGGCUGGCCAUCCUGCAGUGGCUGCUGAAGUUCCUCAGCUUCAGGAUAUUCUACAUGGCUCUGCUGAUACCCACGGAUACCACCUACAUGAUCUUGUUGAUGCUGCUCUUCGUGGUGCCCGUGACCCUGGCCAUUUGGGUGAUGGACGUGACCUCGCACCUGGUCAGCAUUGCACUCUUUCUUCUGCUCAAAUCCUUUCAGGUGUUGGACGAGGAAAUGGCAGCCGUGGGCGAGAAGCUGCCAUUGGAGAUCCUUCGCGGUAAUUAUUCAGAAAUUCGCAGGUUACAACGUCACCUGGUGGCCCUGCAGCGCCUGCACCGAUCGUAUGUGAGGCUCACCCAGGAGGUCAUCGGCUGCCUGGGUCCCCAGAUGGUUCUGAUCCUCCUCUACAACCUGAGCACUAUAUACACCCUGUCCAGUGGCCGCUGGUGGCGUACCAUCCAGAUCACGGUUCUGGUUAACAGUGUGCGAUCGCUCUUGGUGUCACUGGAUCAACUGGUGGCCAUGACCAGAGCUCGGCAGGACACCACGUGGUUGCAUGUGGCCCAGCUGCUGCAGUUUGACGAGAUCCUGGCCACAUAUGGCUGGUUGGAACGCAAGAAAUGGAAGUGGAGAUGGCGGUGCCAGGACCCCGACUCCAAGAUUCCUAUUCUUCAACCUGGACUGCAGAUCCUGGGUCUGGUUAUACCCAACAGACGUCUCCUGUUCCGCAUUGUCUUUGCAUUUUGCAGUGUCCUGCACUUGCAUUACAUGUGGAAGAGAUCGGCGUUGGUGGCCGAGAAGGAGAUCAUCAUUGAUUCGGAAAUUGGCUCAAAAGGAGGGUUUUGA